AUGGGAACGCCAGGCAGGCAGCCUGCAAGGGACCAGCAUCGCGGUUCUCUGGCGCGUUCCCCUCACUCCGUCGUCAUGAGUGCCUCUCCAUCUGGCCUGCCCAACGGGCGCAACCCACCUCCUGCUGGUGCUCCUCCACUGCGACGCAAACCCCGUACUGCCGAUCCUCUAGUCGCGCGAAAGAAGCCUGUCCAACGUCCGAGAGCCUCGGGCACAGCGCAGCCGUCGAACGGUGUCCAGAAUGGAUCUUCGCUGCCUGGCAAAGUGUUGCAGCCGAAUUUGGGCAUCAGAACUGCGACUGUAAGAGACGAUCAGAUCAAGGCAUGGCGAGCACGACGGGCCGCCAAUGGCGGUUGGUGGGAUCCAUUGCCCGCGGGGGGCGAGGAGUUUCCUCUCAUCAUCACAAAGCGAGAUAUCAAGGCUGGUAACCGGUUCCAUGUGAUGCGCUUGUCGCAGACAAAGUCUAUCAAUGACGUCGAUCCUACGAAUCCCCUACAGUUUGAGCGUCCUGUCAAUCUUCACCGACGUGAUCCUCGCCAAUUGCCGGCAGGGAGACCCAUCAAGGACGACAGCCCGACCCCGGCGCCCGCCGACGAAGCUGAGGCUGAACGGCUGGCAAAACUCAAAGCUGAACGGGAUGCUCAACGAGCUAUUGAUAUGUCGCAGAUUGCGCCCGUCGCGAAAGAUGCCAAUCCCAAAAAGCAGAACCAGAAACCAGAGAAGUCAACUGCCCAGACCUACUAUCCCAGGUCGACGGAUGCCCAAAAGAAAGAGUCGACCAUUCGCUACGAAGAGUCCAUUCCUUGGGUUCUUGAGGAUGAUUCUGAUGGGAAGAAUGUCUGGGUUGGAUCCUACACCGCACCGCUCUCAGAGUCCAACGUCGCUCUGGUCCGGGAUAACAUGGGCUUCCGUGUGAUCCCGCUAGAGAAAUACUACAAGUUCACCCACAGGCCGCCCUUCAAGACUUACACUCUGGAUGAGGCAGAGAAGAUGAUGAACAAGAAGAUGACCGCUGGUCGUUGGGUCAUGAGGGAUCAGGAGAAGGCCAAACAGGAAGCAGAGUAUGAUGAGUACAGGCGAUAUCUCCACGGCCCGUCCCGAGUCAAGCUGGAGAGCAGCACUUUUAGAGCCGCUGCAAGGUCAGAGAAGCAGGAUCAUGAUGACAUUGACAUGUCUGGAGACGAGUUUCAGGAUGAUGAUGAGAACCAGGGUCUUGAAUCCGACAAGGACGAAGAAGUGAAGGAUUCUCGCGAGCGUAUUCGUCGUGAGCAGCUGGGUGCCAAUCUUUUUGGUGACGCUGAUGAGAAUACGGUUGAGAAAGAACAAGCGGAGGAGCUCAUGGAGGAGCUAACUCGCAAAUUGCAUGGCAAGGAAACACAACGUGCCCUUGUGAAGCUCGAGAAGCACAUGGAGUAUAUGAGUGAUUCGGAGGACGGAUGGGGAGAUUCUUCGAGUGAUGACUCUGGAAAAGAAGAUGCGGAUGCUAAGAAAGAAGGUGAUGCCCAAGGGAAGGGUGAUCAGAAGUCCGGUACUGCAUCUAAGGGUACAAGUACUCCUUCUAGCAAGCAGAAGGCGGCUGAGAAUGCUAAGAAAGGCAAGUCGCUAAAGCGGCCGGGCUCUCCAAAUUUAUCUGAGUCAAGCGAGAACGAGUUGGCCCGAAAGAAGAAGAAGCAGGCCACCGGGUCAGCCGUGCCUAGUCGCUCUAGUACGCCCAUGCCGGGCCAGCAGCGUGGCAAGGCGAACGCUGGUGCCACCAGCGAUGGCGAGGGUGAGAUGUCAGAUGGCGGACGCGUCCGAAAGAUCAAGCUUGUUACUGGGACUGGUGCGAGAGGUACCCCCGUGGGGUCCAGAGCUGGAAGUCCUGCCCCGGGGCAAGGACAACGGUCUCCCGGCUCAGCGUCUCCUAAUGCAGCGGGUCCUUCGACCCCAGCAGCCGGAGGACAGGGUGGACUGGUUGAGGCUUGGGAGAUCACCCAAGCCCUUGCAGCCAAUCCACAGGGUAUCUCUGUCGGCCAACUUAUGAGGCAAUUCCAGACUCGUGUUGGCGAAGGUGAUGGCCAGAUGUCGAGGCGGGACUGGAUUAAACUGGUAAAGGACAAUGCCAAGUGGGGUGCAGACAAGCUGUUGCGCCCAAAGGAUAAAUAA